CUCCAAACCUGCCUUCCUAGUCUUGUCAGAAGUAGGCUGCUCUUGGGCUUGCAGAAGUAUUUGAAGUUCAGUGAAUAGCAGUGAUAACCUACAGUACUGAUCUGGCUUCAAUCAUGAAGGCUGUUUUGGUGAUUUUCAUCCUAGCAGUAUUACACUUUGGUUUGCAUCAAGCACACAUAGAUGAGUCUUCACAGACAUUACAAAGGCACAAAAGAGCAUGGAUCAUAGAUUCAUAUGAGAUUGAAGAGGAGAGAGCACCCAGGUACUUUCUUGGCAAGAUUGAAAUUGUACGCAAACAAAACGUGAGGUACAAAUUGAGCGGGAUGGGGAUCGACAAAGAGCCAAAGAACGUCAUUAAAAUCGAUGAAAACACAGGAGAAAUCUACGUACUGAAAAAAGUCGAUCGUGAACAAUACCAAUCUUUAACUCUUACAUUUCUAGCAGUUGAUACAAUAGGUGGUGUCCUAGACACUGAGCUUGGCGUUAGUAUCAAAAUCAAGGACAUCAAUGAUAACGUCCCCACUUUUGAUCACCAAAUCUACACGACAACAGUUAAGGAAAGUCAGGUUCAAGGUGGACAAUUAAUUUUGGUCAGAGCUGAGGACAAGGAUGAGCGGAACACCCCAAACUCAACAUUUACUUACAAAAUAGUUUCCCAGACUCCUAUGACAGACAAUGCCCUGUUUUACAUUGACGAGGCUGGUAUCAUUUCCUUCAGAGGGUGCUUCGAUUAUGAGAAAGCUCAGAAAUAUACAAUUGUAGUGGAAGCAAAGGACCAAGGUGAGAAGGUACAGCUAUCAAGUUCCACUACAGUUAUUGUUGAUGUUGAAGAUGGUAACAAUCACUUACCGGUCCAGGAAGGAGUUCAGCUGGUGGCGAAUGUGAAGGAGCGGGACUCCAAUGUGACUCUUCUUAGAAUUAAGGUAUCAGACAGAGAUAAGCCUCACACUCCUGGCUGGAAAGCAAAAUACACGAUUGUAAGUGGAAACGAGAACAACAACUACAAGAUUCUCACCGACCCAGAUACCAACGAUGGAGUCCUGACCCUUGUGAAGCCCCUUGACUUUGAAAAUGGCUAUCUGAGGGAGCUCUCUGUCCAGGUUGAGAACGAGACGCCCUUUUUCUCCUGCAGUGUAAAGAGGGUCGUAGCUGAUGACCUCUGGGAAGUGGACUACUCAGAUCCUGAAGCAGGCUCAACAGGAAUAGGGUUCAAACCAAAGACUCUGACGGUAAUUGUCAACGUAGAAGACAUCAACGACGCUCCGGACUUUGUGCCUCCCAUCAAAGCUGUUUAUCUGGAGGAGAAUGACAAAACUGGAAAAGAACUGCAGACAUUUACAGCAAUUGACAAAGACGGAAGUUUGUCAAGUGAAUUCAGGUACACAGUGGGAGUAGAUCCAGCAGGGUGGGUUUCUAUUGACCCCAAAACGGGUACUGUAAUAACGACACAGUUAAUGGACAGAGAGUCCCCUUUUGUGAUAAACAAUACUUACACAGUCAUUCUCCAUGCAGUUGAUAAUGGUAAACCCCCCAUGACUGGAUCAGGCACUUUGGUCAUCCACCUAACUGAUGUCAAUGACUGCAUCCCUUAUCUGCUCACCCCUCACAUUGACAUGUGUGCGAAUGAGACAGCCUCAAUGACCAAGCUGGCUGCUCAGGACGACGAUGAGGACCCCUACUCUGGACCUUUCAGCUUCAACCUGCUGGAAAAGGAAAGCCUGAAAGGGAAGUGGAGACUGGACCCCACCCACGGUUACAGUGUGAAUCUCAUCAAAGAAGAAAACGUUUACAGUGGAAUUUACAUCUUGCAUUUGGAAAUUAGUGACAGGCAAGGUGUGUCGUCGAAACACAACCUGACAGUAACCGUGUGCGACUGCCCAACCUCGGCUCCAGCCAACUGCGGAACAAGGAGACUGAGCAGUACGACAAUGGGAGCCAGUGCUGUUGGGAUCUUGUUUGCAGCUCUUUGUUUAAUGCUGGGUCUAUUUUGUUUUGCACUAUUUUUCUCACGUGCUCCCAAAACAAUGGAGAUAUAUGAUGAUGGUGAUUGCACCAUGUUGCCAUACCAUUUGGAGCAUCCUGGCUCUGAUUGCAAGUUAGAUCAACUGGUUUCUAAGGAACCAGCAGAAAUGAUUCAAAAUAGAAGUAGAGCACAAGAACAAGAGUCGGCCAAUGCGGGUUUUCCGAUUUCAAAUGGAUCAAGUAGACUUGUGAAGAUUCACUACAGUGCUGGGCAUGAGCAGCAGAGGACAGAAGGCAGCAGUAUGCACAUGCUCAACGUUGACAGACGUGGAAGAGGGAAACAGCAGUCAGUCAGUAAUUCCAUGGGUUAUCAGACACUGUCUACAAUGAACAGAACAACAUCAGCAAGAUCGUCAUUUGCAUGGAAAAAAACAAAUGCGUUUAACAGAAAUGGAGUUCUGAGUUCUGCGAUAAGCCAGAGAGUUAAUUCAUUACACUCUGGUCGAGAUGACCUCCUCGAGUAUAAUCCUCACCCGUAUGCUGAUGAAGGUGAAGAACCUGAAAUGCUGCCUCUUGAUGCCAUUUCCAUUCCUGACAGCGAGUUCACCCCUGAUCAGCUGCUAGACCUGGGACCCAGGUUUAAAACCCUGGCAAGCAUUUGUAAGCCUCAAGCUAACUAGAGCCGAAUGGGCAGGCUAGAACAUCAAUGGGCAGAGAAGAUAUUUCCGGCUACAGUUAUAACUGAUCAGACAGUAUUUCAGUAACUAACAAAUAGCUACUCACUGAAGGGGAAAGAUUAGACUGCAGGGCCUGAUUGUUGCUGAAGAGAAGUCAAGUGAUAACACCCAAAGCUUUGUAAUGCAUUCUUCACUGCUCACUGUGCGAGACUGAAGACCAUUAAUGUAAAUUGGGCUCUCGACAGAAACAAAACCCUUGAGUAUAUUGUCUUUCUGAGAAAGUAUUAUAAAAUGCAUAUGCCUUGAAAGUGGACCCUGACAAUUCUCAGAACAAUAGGGUUCCUCAGUCACUGAAUUACUGUACUUUGACCUCUCCCUGCACCAAUUUGAAGUUGACUGUAUUAUUUCUGAAUGUACUGGAUGUGUUUCUUCUCUGAUCUGUCUAGCUCGCUUGUGUAUAUAUAGUUAGCACUCUCACUGGUCUUCAGAGAACCUUUUCUUUUUUAUUAUUUGGAAGUUGCAGGCGCUGUUACUUAAUGUGGACAGUGAAUUUAUACCAGCUGCAAGCAUGCACACUGUAUUGGCGGUGGAGUUAAAUAUACUGCAGUUGCAUGUCUGUUGUCUAAAGGGAAACAAUAGGUAUAAUAGAGUAAGGCAAAUGGAAGCAUUACUCUUCACUGCAGGGAUGUGACUUUAGUGGAGCUGAACACAGUUCAGUUAAUCUACACAGAGGUUGUGAAGAAAACAAAUGGUGUAUAUGAUUAUGAAUUGAGUAGAGUUCUACCUUCCACAGAACUGUAAGAUGUUCACUAUAAUUAGAACAGAUGGAGAGGGUUAGCUCUCACCUGGGCACAGAUCCACUGGGAGGCCAACAAAGAGAAGAUCAGAGGUCAUUCUGUGUGUUUGAGGAUAAAAUAGUGCAUUAAAGAAGCAGAUGGAGGCUGGGAAUACACCAACACACUUGCUGUGUGUCUUGAUCACUGUCGGAAGAGUGUUUAAGUCAUGUCCCAUGACUUCAUCUCACAUACAGGUUCAUAAAGGCACUCCACUGUUACACAGAGGCAGAGUUUACAUGAUGUUCAAGAAACCUGCAUGCAUUCCAGCUGGACUCAUGCUCCUCUUUACCAUUGUUCUUUCUCUCCUUUACUUUUGAAAUGGGAUUUUUUCUUAGUAUACAGUGCCACUAAGUGGCCAAGUGUUAUAAUUGCAAAGGGAUCUACAUUUUCUGCAGGCCACUGCUUAGCCUUUAGCUUUAUCUGUAUGGCGAACAAAUGAGGGGAAAUAGUUUGUAUUUCGUACAAUAUCUGUGCAGUGAUUUUUUAAAAAAAAAUGUAUUCAAAUAAAGUAACAUGAUAUUUGGUUGGGGAAGACAUUUGUAUUUUAUGUGUGUAUAUAUCUUAUCUGGUAAAAUAAAGGUAAAAUGAAAAUGAAAUAUAAAGAA